AUGAAGAUGGGCACAUUCGAGCGCGGGCAACGAUAUACUGGAUUGACAAAACAGUGCCAGUCCUACUAUGAGCAGCAUAGCAUGCAUGCUAGAGCCUGUGAGGCGAGAGCAAAAGAACUGUUCAAAGCAGUGGCAACCAUUGCCGCUGCUCAGGGUAAAACUUGGGAUCAGGUUUUCGGCUUAUCUGGCGAUUUCAACAACAUUAUCUUUGAUGGAGGUUUCGAAUAUCAUGGCCCUGAGAGUGUCGGCAAGUCUCUAUCUUUCGCACAGUGGUUCUUUCUAGCCUCGAUCAUCGGUCUUGGUCAUGAGUUUGCUGGCGCGUCAGCACUCCUGUACUAUGUCGGUUGCACACUUGGCAUCGCAGCUGAUAGCUACCCCGUCAAUGUUCGGAUGCCCGUCGCUUCACUCUUUCGUCUUGCCAGAGAUCGCCAAUCAUCUCGGGGUCUUCCGUGGGCUCGUAUGAGCCGUUUUCUACGAACUGGUGGAAACUGCAAUGUUCCUAUCAUUGAACUUGAACUAUUAUCUGGUGAAUUGCCUUACGAAGACUCUACGAAAACAAUUCACAACCUCGCGGUGAUACGACUAGACGCAUGCGCACAUUCGAUUAUGAUGAAAGCGGUUUUCGACGCGGUCUCCAACCUUACAAGCAAGGCUACCAAAUACGCUGAGGAUCUCUCGACUGUAAGGUCUUUUGAUAUUGCCAAAGAGUUCAGCGCGACCAGUGAGUCUUUGAUCAAGACGUUCGACAGUGUUGCCGACCAAGCUUUGGAAUGGACGGGAGAUUAUGACAGGAUCUACCAAAAGAAAUACAUUCGCGAUGACCCCGAUCUCACAGAUCAUGUAUUCGAACUGCAGAAAGCAGCCCCUUCGAAUAUCGUCAGAUUCGAAGUCUCAUACGACUUCGCAGUGGACUCGCUUCUGGCUGAGACCAAGGCCAAUGACGGCAUUCGGUUUGGUGGUUUCGGUCACAAUAAGAAAUCGAUCUUUCUAGACGAUGAUGAAAUUAUCACGGGAGCUUCAUGGAAUACAGGAAUUUUAGCCGAGGAUGCUACCAAGAAAGUCAUUUUCAACUUGAUUAUCAACACCACGGAAAGAAGGCUAGGGCCAUUUGGUACGGGUGGCGGUAAGAUCAAGACAAAUGCCGAGAAACAAAUCUUUAAGGUCCCUGAAAAGAUGAAAGUAUAUGGUCUUGUUGACUCGGCCGGUAAAUAUAUCGAGCAUCGAGGCGAUGUUAUCAUGGAGAGUGGGAGAUUCAUCGCGGAGCUUAGGUUCAUUGUCGGUCCUGCAGAAUAGCAUCUUGGUCACGAGAACGAGGUUUAUGAGGGACAAACCCAUGAUGACUCCUGUCGAACUCACUCGGACAGAUUACUCAGGAUUCCAAAGUGGAAUAUGUGACUCCUACUAGGCUAG